AUGACUCGGGGCCAUGUAAACCAUCAUCCCAUAGACCGUGUCAAGGUGAAGGAAGGCGACGCAGUGGUGGAUGUGACCCUGGUGGGGCCAGAGACCCCAGGCGCCCAGAAGCAAGCUCUGGAGGAGCUCAGAAAGCAGCACGGCGAUCGGCUGGUGAUUAUCGACUUCACCCAUCCCACAGCGGUGAAUCCGAACUCUGAGCUUUAUGCUUCAGCGGGUGUCAAUUUUGUCUUCGGCACGACCGGCGGCGACCGCGACGCACUGAUGAAAGUCACGCAGGAUAGCGGCGUCUAUGCGGUCAUUGCUCCAAAUAUGGGGAAGCAGAUUGUAGCAUUACAGGCCACCAUGGAGAGGAUGGCCAAAGAUUUUCCGGGAGCUUUCUCUGGUUACAAACUGGAAGUCACAGAAUCGCACCAGAAAACAAAGGCCGACACCAGUGGUACUGCCAAAGCCAUGGCUGCUCGGCUCAAAUUCAUGGCAGUGGGAGAGCUAAAGUCUUGGAUGCUCCCAGGUCCGUUUUUGUGCCUGGUGCCCAUUCUCCAAGCAUCGCAGCAUGCACUCACCGAAAAUCAUGGACUUCAGAGCAAUCUUGGGGAAGAAGAUUUUCUGGAGGAUGAAGAGGAAGAUGCAGAGGUGGAUGAGAUGGCGCUCUUCCACGAGUUGAAGGGCGACGGAAAUGUGGGCACCACCGAUUCCACCAAAGACAUUUGGGAUUCCUGGCUGAGCCUGGCUGGUGAGGAAAAGCCCCCAGACAGCGCAGCCACAAAGCCAGCAGUGAAUGGGACAGCCCAAAAGCACCUGGAGGCCACGCUGCCCGUGCGGAGCAAAGAUGUUGGAGGCGAGAAGCCGCCAGUGCCUGAAGAGAGACCCGAGGAUGAGGACGAUGCCUUCAAACUCGAGGAGCCACCCACAACAGCGGCGAAGCGGCCACGGCUCGAGGUGUCGGAUGCUGGCUCGGUGGCAGCUGCCUGGGGUGCUUGGAAGGUUUUGGAUGGGGUUCAGCCAGAAGCUGCUGGGAAACUGCAACCACUGCAGCCAUUGGCAGCACCGGAGGAAGUUGAUGAACCACCAGAUCAAAUUGAAGAGGAAGAGGAAGAAGAAAUGGAUUUGCAGGGUGAGCUGGAGUUGUUUGAGCACCUGAAGCAGGGAUGUCCAGGAUCGCAGCCAAGCUCACAUAGCCCAUUCGAUGCUCCAAAACCUCCAAGCAUCUCAGAGAUGUGGCAGCAAUCGCUGCCCACACCGGCGGAAGCUUCCAUCUCUCCCGCCCAGCUCAGCGCCGCCCAAGGUGGCUAUGCUGACUAUGCUGACAUGGAGAUUUGCUCCACCGCCAGCGACGAGGGGCUGGACUUCAGGAUCUCCGACAGUGAAGCGGAGUCCGAGCCCAGUGAGCCCAGUGAGCCCAGUGAGCCCAGUGAGCCCAGUGAGCCCAGUGGGCCCGGAAAGGCUGCGGCCAAGGCGAAAGCCAAGGCGAAGGCGAAGGCCAAGGCCAAGGCCAAGGCGGCUGCGCCCAAGGCGGCUGCGCCCAAGGCAGAGCGCAAGAGGAAGGCGCCCACCCUGGCGGACACUGUGGCGCCAAUGGCCAGGGGUAGCACUGGAAACAGUGUGGUCACUGGUGAUGUGGUGAAGAUCUUGAAACCGGCGCAAGGCAAAGACAAAUUGCAGGGCACUCUGGCCACAGUCUCCUGCGAGCUUCCGCCCAGUUCCUUGCAGUUGACACUGCCCGAUGGCCAGCAGGUUCUGCGCAAACGCAGCGAGGUGGCCCUGGUGGAGAAGUCCAUCCCAGUCGAGUCUGCAGCUGAGAAAAUGCCUCGGAAGAGCGCGCUGCUGCGGCAGCUGAAGACCGUGGAAGUGGAGCGUGCAGAAGUCUUGAGGGGUCGCCAGUUGGAGCGCGACACCGUGAGCACCGGCCGGCAGCCCAAGGGCCGCGGCAAGGGCCGAGGCAAGGGAGCCACGGCGGGCGUGAACGCGCAGCUGGGCACCUCAUUUCAUCAGAUUGGAAAAGUCAUCGAUGCGGAGGCCAGAGUUCAAGGCGGCUCCUUGCCCACGAAGCUGCCCUCCAAGCCUCCACCAACCCCCAAACCUUCGCCCUGGGGCGGCCGAUGGAGCGUGGGAUCUUUUCAGCAGCUGGGGGUGGAGCCUUUCGGCCACGAUCAGAUCCACAUGCUCCGCGACGAUGCAUCGCAGAGAGCCUUUGGUGUGCCAGAGGAGUACUCGACAGGUCACGCCUUUCACACCUACACUCUGACCAGCUCAGAUGGAUCUGUGCAGUUCCAGUUCAAACACAACGUCUGCGGUCGUCGUACUUAUGGCGAGGGUGUGGCGGAUGCUGUGCAGUUUAUCGCACGAAAAGCCGCGGAGAAGUCGGAGAAGAAGGUGUUCAACAUGAUCGACAUCCUCGAGGCUAUCCGUGGUGAUGUGGGUCCACAUGAUGGGUCGCCGGUAGAGGUUGAGAUGUACCUCACCUGUAGUACCAAGGUGACGCCUCAAGUCAAUCAAGCUGCAGGGUGGCCCGGAAGCUAUGAGGUGGUUUUCUCCAGGUAUUUCUCUGCCUUGACGGGCUCGGAGAAGGCACAUUCAAGCCUCCCACAGGAGGCAUCACGAAUCGUCAUGCUGCUGGCAUUGCUUAUCCUUCAGCAGCUGCUGACAGGAUUGGCAGGACCAUUCAAUCGCGAGUCCUCUGUUAAAGCAGAUGGUUCCAUCAGUGCGAAGAAGCGGCAUCACCACAUACAUCGCUCUCAUGACAAGCCUCAGUCGCACGACCCCCUCUCCGAGGGUGCGCCGCCCAUCUCCAGCAUCCUGGCGGAGAUCGAAGAGGCGGCCAAGACGCUGCGCGAUACGCAGGUGCUGCAGGCCGUGCGGGGUGCAGCUACGACAGCACCGCCGACACAGAUGGUGAAGCCAACCCGACAGAAUGGGAAGUUUCCAGUCAUCAAUGAGUGGGCCUGCGCACUCAUGUGCGCCAGUCACGCGGAAGAUGGCUGUUGCACCUAUAAGAACAACCCCAAGCGUGUUGGCGAUGAGAAUGAUGGAGACAAUUAUGAGGAAGACACCGGCUUGUGCGAGUUCCGUGCUGGUUUCGGAGGGGUGGAUGAGAGUCAAAGCGAGCAAUGGAGCUCCGCACAAUGCACCUUGGCCGAGCUGGCCGAACUUGGCUUGGCUAACAACGCGAAUGCGAGCAUUGCGGGCUACAGCACCAGCAAGUGCGCACAGUGGCGUCCUGGCCGAUGCAUUGGCAGCCCGAAGGAGCUGAGCACUGCCUCCAUGGGGCUCCCUGUGUGGGACCUGGUCUUUGAGGAUCACUUCGACCGCCUGACCUGCGUCCCGGACCGCAACGGCAUCCUUAGGCCCAACCCCCUCAGCUGGACACCGGAGAUUGGCACCUGGGCUUCGGUGAUGUGGGGGGUUGGGGGGGACGGAGGUAGGGAGAACCAGUUCUACAAGGCCGAGAACGUGGAAUGCCGCAACGGGGCCUUGGUCAUCACCGCCCAGCGCGAGCGAGCCAAGCCUCUGCCCAAGUGCGAGGUGAAAGGCUCCGAUGAUCCCGCGUUGGAUGGUGAGGCCUGCAGUGUGUGCGGCCCGCCCACAUUUGAGUAUGGAGCCCCUUGCGACCAAACCCUGGGUGAUGGCUCCCCAGUGUGCGACUGCUCGGCUGGGGCGGAAUACACCUCUGGCUCCCUGGUGUCGCGUCGAAAGGUGGAAUUCUCCUAUGGCAAGCUUGAGAUGCGAGCGAAGAUUGAUACUCGCCCCGGAGCUUGGUCGUCCUGGUGGGCAGUGGGAGAUUUCGAGGAUGUGCCGUGGCCCAAGAAUGGGGAGAUCGACAUCAUGGAUGCCUUCCAAGGCAUGCUGAAGGCGUCCGUCAUCCAUGCUGACGAGACGGGCGACGCCAGCAAUGCCAUUUUCCAUGGUGCUGCGAAGAAGGUGAAUGCGGACUGGGAACGGCACUAUCACACCUGGACCAUGGAGUGGGACAAGGACUUCAUCACCAUCUCGGUGGAUCGCCAGGAAGUCCUCAGGCUGGAUUUGAGCGUGGCGGAUCCGCUGAGGACCAGCUGGCCCAAUCCCUUCACCAAUGACAAGAAGUUCUUCAUGAUCCUUAACCUGGCUGUAGGUGGCCACUCUGGUGGCAAUGCCACACAGUCUGAGUUCCCAGUGACGAUGAUGGUGGACUACAUCAAGUACUACCAGAAGAAGAGCCGCACUGACCGAUGA